CUGUUUUCAUGCCACAGCAGCCCUGUGCGUGUUCCCGCUCCGUCGAGCACGCCCCCGCCCAGUAGCAGCGUGCACAUCGUGUGCGCGCAGGACCCUUCCCUAGACUACAAGACAGUACCAAACCCAGCCUGGAGCCUGACGCAGGGUAGCGCACCCAGAGAACAGAGAGAGAGAGAGAGAGAGAAGAUGGACGGAGUGGGAUCGUUCGGAGCGGGCCUGGCGGGUGCUGCCUUCGACCCGGUUUCCUUCAUCAAGCAGCCGACCACCAUCCUCAGGGUCUUGUCCUGGGUAUUCUCCCUGGUGGUGUUUGCCUCUAUAGUGAACGAGGGGUAUGUGAACCUGGGUAGUGAACGUCUCCACUGUGUGUUCAAUAAGAACGCUGAUGCGUGUAACUACGGAGUGUUCUGUGGUCUGGUGGGCUUGUUGCUGUGCUCCUUCUUCUUCCUGUUGGAUGUGAAGUUUCAACAGAUCAGCUCUAUUAAGGACAGGAAGAAGGCUGUGAUGCUGGAGGUCGGGGUUUCAGGUUUCUGGACGUUCCUGUGGUUUGUGAGUUUCUGUUUCCUGGCCAAUCAGUGGUCUAGGACCGCCCCUGAGGACCUGCCACUCAACCAGGGGGCUGACGCAGCCAGGGCCUCUAUCGCCUUCUCAUUCUUCUCCAUCCUCACCUGGGCUGGUCUGACUGUGCGUGCAGUCCAGAAAUAUCUCCUGGGAACAGACAUGACCCUCUUCACCACCGACCAUCUGGACGGAGUCGCCCCGGUAACACCAUACCCCCCCACCACCACCGGGGGCACCAUCGAGCCCAGCGACAACUACCAGAGCCCCCCGUUCACAGAGGGGCUGGAAGCCCCUGCCCCCACAUACCAGGUCCCCAUAUACUAGUCCCUCUCUGUCCCCACAUACCAGGACCCCAUAUACUAGUCCCUCCCUGUCCCCACAUACCAGGUCCCCAUAUACUAGUCCCUCCCUAGUCCCCACCUCCCUGUCCCCCUAGUCCCUCCCUGUCCCCAUAUACCAGGUCCUAUCCACUAGAGAACAUAGUGCUGGAAGCGCUGAAGGGGACCUAGUUACAUGUACAGUCCCUCCAUGGUAAUGUUUUUAAGGGGAUGUUCUGUUCUUGGGUUCGGUGUUAUCUGCAUGUUCUGUAAGACUGACUAAGUGCCAAACUGUCUUGUGUGUCUGACAGUGACUGUAGAUAGUAACUUUCACCACUAUGAUGUUAACGUGACCAAGUGCAAUAUCUCCCUCCACCCAGUAGCCACUCUGCCGACCAGUCAUACACUAUUCCCUAUGUAGUGCAUUAAUGAUGGCCAGCUGAGCCUUUACCACCAGUGCACUUUGUAAGGUAAUAGUGGUUUCAGAUGCGCCCUAAACUAAUGUGUGCAAACAUCACAGAAGAUUCUGACUUGUUUAUGUUUACAUUCUAGAAGUGGUUUGUUUACGUUCUAGAAGUGGUUUGAUUACAUUUAGAAGCUAUUUAUUUACGUUCUAGAAGCUGUUUGUUUACGUUCUAGAAGUGGUUCGUUUACAUUUAGAAGCUGUUUAUUUAUGUUCUAGAAGCUGUUUGUUUACGUUCUAGAAUCUUUUUAUGUUUAUUUUCUAGAAACUGUUUGUUUACAUUCUAGAAGCUGUUUGUUUACAUUCUAGAAGCUGUUUUUACAUUCUAGAAUACUUUUAUGUUUCUUUUCUAGAAGCUGUUUGUCAUUCUGGAAGCUGCCAAACUGCCCUGCUAGUUGUCUUCCUUCACAGAGCAUCAGUCAGUCAGCUACCCAGAGAUAAACUAGACAUACCAUGAUGGCUCUUUAUUACUGUAUAUACCCUGGGUCUGGGUCUCUCUAAAUCUGCUCUGUGGAAUACAACCGUGCCCAUUGUUACCAUGGUGACAACACACCCACACACACUCACUAGUGAACCUCACUGCCCAGUGUGUGUGUCUGGUGUGUGUGUGUGUGGUAUUUGUUGUUUCAGGUCUGAAGAAAAAGAAAGACAAGUAAAGCGUUCUUCUGUUGGUGGUGUUCCGGAACAGAGGUGUUCCGGAACAGAGGUGUUCCGGAACAGUCUGUCUCACCAUCUUGUACAGUGUCUCUAGGUGAAGCCUAGACAUUACAUGUCACUGUCUGUAUUGACAGUCAUAUUACAUAUUAUAUUACAAUUCAAGAGGUUUUGUGUUUGUUGAUAUAACAGUCAACAGAUGAAUAUAAUGCUGAACAUAACUGACCUCCAGAAAGCCUCGUCUGUGGUGCCAUCUGCUCCUUGUAACACUAGCGGUGUAACAGCGCCCUCUAGCUGCCGAGGGACUCGAGCUUUUAAAGGCCCAAUGCUGCAGCUAUUUUUUAUCUGAAUAUCAAAUCAUUUCUGACGAAUUAGUACAUUUCUGUGAUUCCUUUUGACCAUUUUAAUUGAAAACAAACAAAAAAAUAGCUUCUUAGCAAAGAGUAAUAUCUCAAGCAAUAAUUUUGCUAGGACUGUCGGAGUGCUGAGGUGGAAACUAGCUGUUAUUGUCAGAGAGAUUUCAAACUCUCUUAUUGGUCUAUUAACGAAUUAACCGCCUGGUGACGUCACCAGGCAGGCCAAAACUCCAUCCCACCAAAACAGACUGAAAUUUCAGACGGUCUUUUCAAACAGCUCUUCAACUAAAACGGCGUUAUGAAUUUCACAGUAUUAUUCCAACAUCAUAGCGUGGAAAUAUAUCAAACACAGGAACGUUUUUGACUGCCUUGGGCCUUUAAAAUAAGUUUAAAAGUGAUGAAUGUAAUAUUGUGUGGGCAAAAUGUUCUGUUGAAUUCUGUGUAAUUGUGAAUUUUGAUUUAAAGAGCCGUUUGUUUUGAUUUUAAAAUUCAUUUGAUCUGAAUUGAUAUGGAAAAACGUUGAUUUACCCCUAAAAAAAACCCUGAAAGGUUGAAUAAAUUGACUUACACAUAGGACCUACAGUAUAAUGAACGGAGUUCUAUGUUCAGAUAAAGAGGAUUUUCAGUAUGUAGAUCAGGGACGGGCAACUCAAGGAUGGCCAAUAUACAGUACCAGUCAAAAGGUUGGACACACCCACUCAUUCCAGGGUUUUUAUUUAUUUGUAAUACUAUUUUCUACAUUGUAGAAUAAUAGUGAAGACAUCAAAACGAUUAAAUACUCCCUAUUAAUGUAGAAUGUCCUCUGGGUCUAAUAGACCUAUUAAGGAUUAAUCGUAUAACUUUUCAAAUGUAUUCCCUUUUAAAUGUGGCGUAAACACAACCAGUCAUGUUUUCAGCUGAUUGUCAAACAAUCACUUCCCUAAAAGGUGCUCCUGUUGGCUUGCCGCGCAUGUUUGUCCACUGUGCGCCGGUCGUUUGAUGAAUGGAAAGAGAUCUGUUACAAAAUAAACGAGAAGUGUAAUGACAUUCAGUGAUUGUCGAUGGUAACCAUUAGGCUUGUAGUCUGAAUUGAUGCGUCCGCUGCUGUAAGAGCGCGUCUGUCUCUCUGCCUUGGUAGACAUGUUGUCGAACGCAAUUUGGAGGGAAUACUGCCCGUUUUAAUGUCAAUUCGCUCAUUUUCAUGCAGCUGACAUGCGGUAAUGCUAAUCCUUAAGAGUUUGAGUUUAGUGCGUCAAUCUCUGUAACAUAAUACAAAAAUCCCCAUCUAAAUGUGUCAGUUUAAAGAUAGAGAUGGUUAUUUUUGCCUGGGCUCAAUGCACCGCAUCCUCCUGUCGGGAUUCCGCAUCAGCGGGGGAAGGUGGCCGAGCUAAAGCAGUGUUUGACAGAACAUGAGACAUCCCGAAAAUCAGAGAACCGUUUGGGCUUCUCCGUUUAGCUCUACGAACCCCACAAGUGUCAGGACUC